AUGGAGGAUGACGCAGAGGUGUCUCAUUUGGGUAAACCAGAAUCGGAGAUUGUUGCUGGAGGCCUUCCUGAGAAGAUCCCCGAAGAUCCCCUUUUCAAGAAAGAAAGCCCCAAGGGUCUGUGUGCUGCAGCUGUGUUCCAACAGAAACUCUUGGGGUCCGGACAUGGUCAUUUCAUGACAUUGACCACCGACUCCUUGGUAGUUAUUCAUAUUCCCAUUCCCCGUGAUACCACGAUUAGGAAUGAAGUGCCUGUGGGAACCGAAUCUUUAGAUAUGGAAUCUAGUAUCCCAAAUCCCCCUCUUGCGUCAGGCCCUAUAUUCCGUUUCUUCCUUUGUCGACUUCCACAUCCUUUUGCUAUGAGAAGUUUUCCCAAGAGACCUUUUGAAAUAGGGGUUGUGUAUGAUGAAGAAGCAUUACAUAAGGCUCGAUCAUGGUUGAUGGAAGGAAUCCUUGGAAUGGUUGAAGCAACUUUGGACCCUUCACAAGCAAACGAACAAAACGUUAAGGGGUUGAGGGAAGAGGCAGACAGUUUUUCAGAGAGAAACCAAAGCUUGGUGAGAGAUUUGAGUCAAGCCAUUGGUCAGCAGGAGGAGUUGAAAAAGUUGAAUCAAGAUUUGCAACUGAAAUUGGAUGAUGUUGUGAGCCACCACGCAUCUUCCAUCAAGGAACUUGAGGGUGUCUCCCAACAGUACCAUUUACCGAAGUCACAAUAUACGGAGAAGGUUUCUCAAUUGGAAAUUGCCUGUUCUAGCAAGGAUGUUAGUAUUAAGUUGCUAGAGGAGGAGUUAGCCAUGAUGAAACUCCUGAUGUUGGAGAAAGGUGCCCGAAUUUCCACUUUAAGUGACUCACAAUUUAUGAUGGAGCAAAAUACAAAAAGUUUCCAGACGAGAGAGGAUCAAAAGGCUGAUGAGUUGAGAUGGUUCAUAAAGGAAGGUAUCCCUAUAUUUGUUCGGUAUUUGUUGGAUUCAAGCGAUUUUGGUGUCGUGAAUGUCACCUUGCAGACAUCCGCUAUCCAGCUUAGCCUCCAUCAAGGCUGUGUGGAAAUGAAAGAAAAGUAA